ACGUGAACGAAUUCACCAUGUGGACUCUCUUGUUUCUUUGCAGUGUGCUCAUCACACAUGGGCCUCAAGGUGCUGUUUCAGGAUAUGACCCAGAAGCAACGUCAAUUACAGUUGCCCCAGAGGCAACGACAACUACAGUUGCCCCAGGAACAAUGACAACUACAGUGGCCCCACAAGUUACAACAACUACAGGAUAUGACCCAGAAGCAACGACAACUACAGUUGUCCCAGAAGCAACAACAACUACAGUGGCCCCAGAAGUUACAACACCUACAGUUGCCCCAGAAGCAACAACAACUACAGUGGCCCCACAAGUUACAACAACUACAGUUGCCCCAGAAGCAACAACAACUACAGUGGCCCCACAAGUUACAACAACUACAGUGGCCCCAGAAGUUACAACAACUACAGUUGCCCCAGAAGCAACAACAACUACAGUGCCCUCUUGUCGUUACAACUGUGGCAGUUACCCAGGAAACUGCUCCUGCUCAUACUAUUGUCUAUACUAUGGCAACUGUUGCCCUGAUGCCGCCUAUUACUGCUCAUUAGCCACUACAGCCCCGCCAACAACUACAGCACCCUCAUGUCGUUACAAUUGUGGCUAUUACCUGGGAAACUGCUCCUGCUCAUCCUCUUGUCAAUACUAUGGCAACUGUUGCCCUGACUUUGAGGCAUAUUGUUCAGUGACAACUUACCCACCAAACACAGCGGCCCCUUGUGGAGGCUCGUUGUUUAGCUCCGGCACUUUCUCCAGCCCCAACCAUCCCUCCUACUACCAGGACAACAGCUACUGUGUCUGGCAGCUAAGGACUACAUAUGACCAAAGAAUAUUCCUGGCAUUCACAUACCUGCAACUGGAGAAUUGCUGCAACUGUGACUACAUUUCAGUCUACGAUGGGGCAUAUACUUAUUCACCAUAUUUGGGGAAGGUUUGCAACGGCACUAUGAACACUUUCCACUCCUCUUCCAACUACAUGACUGUGGUCUUUCGCACCGAUAUAUCUGUUGUCGCUCGAGGGUUCCAGGCUGAGUUCUUCAGCACUCUGACACCGAGCUCAGGUCAAGUGGACUGCUCCUCAGACUACAUGACCAUUGUGCUGAAGAACAGUUACCUGAACUCUCUGGGCUAUAAUGGCAACAGUCUCUAUCUGAAUGACCCGUACUGCAGACCUCAGAUUUCCAGUUACCAGGUGGUCUUCAAAUUCCCCAUCAACAGCUGUGGCAAUGUUAAAGGGUUUCACAACGGCAAAGUCGUGUACACAAACGCUCUCCGUGCCAGCGACAACACCUCCGGAGAGAUCACACGGCGCUCUUACUUCAAGAUGAACAUCAGCUGUCUAAUGGAGCAGGACUCAGUUUCCCAGAUUAUGUAUGUUGUCCAACAUCCUGGUAACAGCAGCAUUAUAGGCACGGGCAGAUUCAACACCAGCAUGGCCUUCUACACGUCCAGCAGCUACUACUAUAGGGUGACUCAAGAUCCUUAUGAGGUAGCACUCAAUCAGAACUUGUAUGUCCAAGUGGUCCUGACGCUGGGAGACAGCUCAGUGGUCAUCUUUCUUGAUACUUGCGUGGCUUCACCAUCCCCCUAUGAUUUCCAGACCCGACGUUACUACUUGGUCCGUAACGGAUGUCCCAUUGAUAACACCUACUAUUCCUACGUUUCUGGCACCCGCACCUACGCCCGUUUCACUUUUAAGGCCUUCCAGUUCCUCCGAGCUAGUGAGUCGGUCUUCCUCCAGUGCAAAGUCCUGAUAUGCCAAGCCUCUGACUACAACUCCCGCUGCCGCCGUGGCUGCAGCAAUCGUGUUGCCAGAGAUCUGGCGUCACAGCACGAAAGCCAAACUCUGGUACUGGGUCCCAUUAAACUCAAAGGCCCUGAGAAACAGGAAGAAGGGACUAAUGAGCAGAGCAAGGCCUAACUUGACACUUCAGCAUCAUACUCCAAUCAACUUUUAACAACUCUUUCUGUUCAGUCUUAUUGUGACACUGAAUUGUACUCACCUUUCAUUCUACCUUUCUCAUAUUACCUGAUUAAAAGCAUCAUCAAAAGACA